AGUGCUUAACUUGUCUUCAACCCUCACCUGCACCGAUUUCUUUUUCGACGCGCAGGUUCAUCACCCGACCAGACACUUGUCACCGCCUUCCUAAUCUUCUUUGUCUGAAGGUUGUACACGAUCCACCAAAAUCCUGACACACACACCACCCUUUUUUCGCGUCAAUAAGUCAUGGCUGGGUUGGGAGUACCUGUGAAGCUGCUGCACGAGUCUCUGGGACAUGUCGUCACGGUCGAGAUAAAAACCGGCCAGCUGUAUCGUGGAAAGUUGGCAGAAGCGGAGGACAACUUGAACAUCUCGCUCAAAGAUAUAACGGUGACUGGACGGGACGGUCGCGUCUCCCAGCUGGAUCAGGUGUACAUCCGUGGUAGCAUGAUUCGUUUCAUCAUUGUCCCAGAUAUGCUGCAGAACGCGCCCAUGUUCAAACGUGUCGGACCGAACGCGAUGAGAGGACGAGGUAUCGGCACGGCCAGAGGACGUGCAACGAUCAUGCGCGUAUACAGCGCGUCGUGGUCGUGGUGUUGCACCGGCGCCGCGGGGAAUCAGACGAUGAAAAAUGGCGGACGUUGCAAUCUCUCUUGUUGUUCUUUUGUACGAAAAUGUGUGAGUGAAUCAUGCGUGAUAGACUUUCGGUCAGUGAAAGACCCCGUUUUGCACAAUGAUGCCGAGAUUGCGGGAGGGAUAUGGUCUUAUUGUACUCUGUCUGCCUAAGUGCUUUCACAGAGAAUAUACGUAGUUUGGAGCUGGAAAGUGAUAUGUGCGCUGCAAUUCAGCUUGCGACGCGCCAUCCUACGUGUGCUUUGUAUCAGGCACGGUGCGCUCACAUGCGCACCUGCGUAUAUUUUCGAGCUGCGCUGAUCAUUGAUGAGCAGAAGCGCGAAGCGAUUCGAGAGAUGGAUUCAAUCCGGCGCUAGUCCACUUCAUCGCUGACCCGGUUCGUAAUAACCCUUGUUGAGCUGAGAUUCGAGCUCGAGGCAUGAUCUCAGGCAAGGUCUAAAUGUUUCGGACGGGUAGACCCGUCUGAACCAUAUCUUUGAUAAAUUUAUAAUGGGGAUUGACUUGACGUGUAUUUCGUAAUCUCUAGAUGAUGCAAGGUUUGGAUGAUACGGAACGGAAUUGAAAGUGAGGGCAGACCAGCUAGAAAUCGGACACACGGCCUUUGAAACUCCAAUCGCCCUCUGCCCAAUGGCGCACAGGUUCCUGCUUGGGACCUCCCUCCUCUCCGGUUUUUGGGUUGACCUCCCCCUCGAAUUCAGGCUUCACAGGUACUCGCGCGUCUGGGUGCAGUUCGAAUCCCAUGUCCUCGUCAGAAGCCACCUGGGCCGUGCGCUGUAAUUCCUCGAAUUCUCGCUGAUCUUCUCGCGGGAGAGCGAACGGCGAUGGUCGGUUAAGGUUGGCAUAAGAACGCCUGAAGCGCGAUGGGAACGUUCGUGCCCUGGUAGACGAGCGCUGCAUCAAUUGACGAAGUGGUAUCAUGGGGCAGGAAGAGUUUGUUCCCGCUUAUUCAGAAUGCCGAUCUGCCGAGACCCUGCGACUGGUGUAAUGUUGCACACAACGGCGACCUUGCCUCCGCACCCUGUGCCAACCUCGGGCGCCCGCAACCCGUCAGCCGGGUCUCGGCGCAAUGUUUCCCGAGCCUGCGAUGCAUGUCGGCGCCGGAAAACCAAAUGCGACGGCCCAUCCCUGACGGAUCACAUUUGUUCGCUUUGUCGCAUUCAGAACAAAACCUGCACCUACCAAGAGGCAUCAACGCCUCGCGGUCCGCCCAAGGCGUAUAUCACCAAUCUCGAAGACAGACUCGAACGCUUGGAGGUCACGCUCGCCCAACGCCAUCCAGGGGUCGAUCUCACCGCUCAACUCGGACCUCCCAUCCCUCGCGGCUCCUGGAGAGAAAACCCCGACAGCGUGCCUUCUUCCAGACGCCGAAUUCGAAACCCUGCCAUCGAAUCAUCGCCCCCGCUCACAAGUUUACGCUUCUCAACGGACGUUCUUCGGACGAUAGAUUCUGAUGAAACAUCGUCGGAGGGUACAUCGUCGGAGGAUGAGCUAGACACCGGGCUCAAGGAUGAGCGCAGACCGUACGUCGACAACGCUGCUAGGUUCUUCGGCGAAAGUAGCACCAUGGGAAUAGCUGCGAGAGCUGGCUUCUACCGCAGCCAACACCUGGGUGUGUCUUCAGGCGCGACUUCAGGAGUGAGGCGAUCGUAUUUUUGGCGCCCGUUGCCGUGGGAGCAGGAAUAUGAGUCUCGCAAUUCGCCCUCGUCCGAUAUGGUCGACUCUCUUCUUUCGGAAUUUCCAUCGCCGGCCUUGGCGCAGGAGCUCAUAGAGCUCUACUUCAAUCGCGUCAACUCUCAACUGCCACUAUUGCACCAGCCGACCUUUGAGCGACAGUACAAUCGCGACCAACUGCACAAGCACAGCCCCUGGUUCACUUGCGUGUGUCUCGGCGUCUUUGCUAUCGCAAGUCGAUGGUCCAACAACAUCGCGGUCCUGUCCCCCGAGGAUGCAGAUGGAGAACAGAAUUGGACUCGGGCAGGAUGGAGAUUCCACUCGGCAGCCAUGAGGGUCCACAACCAUAUGCCAAGUCUGUUUCUUCCCCCGAGCUUGGAAGAGAUCCAGUCACUCUCUUUGUUAUCAACCUAUCUGCGGAGUUCUAGAGGCAAUCAUGCUGUUUCCUGGAUUGUGAUCUCAUUAGCUCUGCGCAAGGCUGAAGAUCGCGGUAUACAUCGAAGACGGCUGUACAACCAUGAGCCGAAUGCCGAAGAAGAGCUUUGGCGUCGAGCUUUCUGGUGUUUGGUAGCCUAUGACCGUUUCGGCAGUGCAAUCUUGGGUCGCCCACCAGCAGUGGGAGAAGACGAUUUCGAUCUCGACCCUUGCCUGGAGGUCGAUGACGAAUAUUGGGAGGCGGAUCCGCCGUUCACUCAACCGAAGAAUGUGCCUUGUAGGAUCACCUAUUUCAACCUUUGGACCAGAUUGUCGCAAAUUGUUAUCUUCACAGUCAAGACGGUGUAUUCGAUCCACAAUCCUCAAGCGCUUCUU